GGUACAGAGGCCACGCCUCCUUCACUGAGACUGACAGGUACAGAGGCCACGCCCCCUCCACUGAGACUGACAGGUACAGAGGCCACGCCCCCUUCACUGAGACUGACAGAUACAGAGGCCACACCCCCUUCACUGAGACUGACAGAUACAGAGGCCACGCCUCCUUCACUGAGACUGACAGAGGCCAUGUUGCUCAUUUAGAUGUCUAAGCUAGCUCAUCGUACUGAUAUUAUAACUAGCAAACCAACAUGAGUGAACGAAGUAUCAGCACAAGCCAACGCACUGAGCUACGCCCAUAGCGAACACUCGGAAUGUCUCAUUAUGAUUAGCCAUUCGCUCCUUUUUAAAUGAACUGCAACGACAGAAUCAGUGGAGUAUAAAAGAGCACUUCUGCAUUCAGACGUGUAAGUCACUGCAGGGGUCCAAGCGGUUAACAUCAUGAAGAGCAGCGAUUUUUUCUAAUAAAAAAAAAAAAUAGGUUGUGUUGAGUGUAAAUGUUGACUACUGUUUAUAUUUUCAGUCAGUACCUUACAUUACCUACGUAUACUUACAUUACUUUGAUUAAAAUAUUAGCUAGCUAGCAAACAGUAGUUCAGUCAUUCAUGACUCAGCUCUAAAAUCCUUUCCUGACAACAGUAAAAUCAGUAAACCUGUGAAAAUGAUAUGAAUACAGUUUUGCAGUUUAUAUAUUAAUUAGUGAUGCUGUACUCGCCACUUUGAGUUAGCCGAUGCACCAUCUUAAGUUGCACGUCCAUGCUAAUAUGGGUGGAUGAGAGACGGACCCACUGUUCGUCCGUCCGUUUGCACACGUGCACUUUACGUAGUCGUGUGAAUGUUUUUGUAGUCUUAUUUAGUCCUAUGUAGUCUCAUGUAGCUCUGUGUUGUUUUUAUGUAGCACCAUCUUCCUGGAGGAACGUUAUUUCGCUUCACUGUGUACCAGCUGUCUAUGGUUGAAAUGACAAUAAAACCACUUGAACCUGAACAUGGUAUCUGCUGGCUCCAGUUUUUGCAAGAUGGUGACUCCCAUUUCAACCCAAAAAAGGCUUAAAAAUGCACAAUGGGAGUGAAUGGAACCAUGUUUCCACUCAUAUAUGCAGUCAUUGGUACAGCUAAACACGAAACUGUCCAGCCAAUAGACAGUAAACAGUAAAACAGGUGUUUAGUCAGCUAGAAAGCAGUUUGUAACGCAGCCGGUGACUGAGCUCUCUGGAUAAAAAUUCAACACCUAACGUCUCACAGGGGAUCUGGUGUCCAUUGGAAAGAGAGACAGAGAUACAGCUGAGAGACAGACAGAGUGAGAGAGACAGAGAGAAAGAGAAAAGAGAGAGAUAUAGACAAAGACAGAUAGAAAGAGAGAGAGACACAGAGCUGCCCUUCUACUUCCACUGUGAAAAAUACCAAUUUUUACUCACAAUACCAAUACCAAAUACUCACAGUUUCUGCAAAUUACCAGAAGAAGAGAAAUUAAAAUUCAUCUUAGGAGAAGGACAUUGCAGCCUUUGCUGUACAGCCUGAGGAACAGUGAGACACUGAGUGUCCUGCACACACCCUCAGUAUACAAUAUACACAAUACUUUCAGACGCUUACGUGUCAGUUUUUUUUUCUUGUUGUUUGCUAUUAGUGUAUCACUAUUUGCUUUUUCAACAAUGUGAUUUAUAACAUUCAUGCCAAUAAAGCACUGCUGAACUGAACUGAGACGCAAAGAGAGACAGACUGAGAGAGACUGAGAGGGAGACAGACAGAGGGAUGACCCUGAUGGCGUAAUGUGUGAGAGAUGUAACUGAAAGAUGACCAAAGAGAGAGCAUCACUGAGAGAGAGACAGAGCGAGGGGGAGACGGGAAAUGAUCUAUUAGAGUAAAUGAUCUGAUGAGUUGUAGGAAGUGGGAGACUCUCUGUGUGUGUGUGUGUGUGUGUGUUAAGUGUAUCCCUGCCCCCUCCUUCCUUCACUGGAGAAUAGUGUGCAAUAUCUAGUAAUACAUUCUGAUCUGCUGAAUUUAUUCUGCUGAAAGUAUCAAGAAAAGCAGAAAUUGUUGUAUAAAAUAAACAUCUCACACAAUCUUCACUCAUACAGCUGAAGAAACUGCUCAUAACAUCUCUAAUGAAAAUCACUUCAUAACAUUUUAAUAGCAUAAUAGCAUUUUACCUCAAAAACAUAUUUGGUAAAAUUAUUCACACCUCUAAAUAUAAUACAUGGUAAUUAAUAAAUGUAUUAAAUGUAAAAACAAAAAUCUGCAAAAAACCUGAUAUAAAAAUACUUAAACACUUAAUUAAGCACAAUCAGGUUCCCCAGCGACUCCAAACAUUGUUCAACAUCAACACGGGCACGAAAAAAUCAUUGUUUUGCGUGCGUGAAGGAGUUUAAAAUGCACAGAGGAGGCAACUGAGAUCUCAGAAAUGUAACUCCAACCUCAGACAUCACAGGAUGGCUGAUAUUCUCUCCAACGCAGAAAAUUACAGAAUGAACAAUGUAAAAAUGGAGGAUGAUGUCAGGGAAAAGUGUGCACUAUGGUGCUUUAAUUGAGCAGCAGCGACAGUGUUUUCCAUAACUGUUUUUGUAAUUGCUGCAGUGUGCGUGUGUGUUUGUGUGUGAGUCCGUGAGAUCUGAUGAUGCUCCUCCACCCCUGAGGAUUGCAUUUCACUGAAACUACACAGCAUGAGGGGGACUGGUGGGAGAUCAAUAGUGUGUGUGUGUGUGUGUGUGUACACUUGCAUGCUGUUCCUGCUGCAGACGCUACAAUUGCUUCUCUCUGCUUCCUCAAACUGCUCGAGACUGUACCAUUUACACACACACACAGGGGCUGCUGGUUAGAGCUCAUCUUUCUCAGACUUGAAGGGGACAUGAGGACACACACACACACCUACUGAUCUACCACUUCAGGAGAGAGGAUCCCCCCUCUCAUCCUUCUUUAUUUGGUACGGACCGUGGGGUUCCAGCCUGCUGAGGCGGUGAGCGAGAGAAAGACAGAGAGAGAGAGAGAGAGAGAGAGAGAGAUACAGAGAGAUACAGAGAAAUAGAUACAGACAGACACAGAGUGAGAGAGACAGAGCGACAGACAGAGAUGGUCUGAGUGGAUGUGUAUGCUUCGCUGUAGCUGCAUCCUGCAAACAGACACUGAAUAUAAGAUAUGCGUCUCCAAGAUGUCCACUCGAGGGUGCCAGGGUUCGGACUCGCUCUUCAGGCCCCUGGAUUCGAUCCCUGAAGAACGCCGGGCACGAGUCCAGCGCACUCAGAGCGGCUUUGAGCCCUUUGAUAAGCACACUAGCCAGGUGAAGAGAGUGCACUCGGAGAACAACGCCUGCAUCAACGCCUCGGGGAGCAACACACACGCAGAGUCACCCAAACUCCGCCGUCACUCCAGCCCCAGCUCCGUGAGUCCGACCAGUCCGAAGUUUGGGAAGGUUGAUUCCUAUGAGAAACUGGAGAAGCUCGGAGAGGGUUCAUAUGCCACUGUCUACAAGGGGAAGAGCAAGGUGAAUGGGAAGCUGGUGGCUCUUAAGGUGAUUCGGCUGCAGGAGGAGGAAGGAACACCAUUCACCGCUAUCAGAGAGGCUUCUCUGCUGAAGGGUCUGAAACACGCAAACAUUGUCCUGCUACAUGACAUCAUACACACCAAGGAAACACUCACACUCGUCUUCGAAUAUGUGCACACAGAUUUGUGUCGGUACAUGGAUAAACACUCCGGGGGGCUCCACCCUGAAAAUGUCAGACUUUUUCUGUUCCAAUUGUUACGAGGUUUGUCCUACAUCCAUCAGCGCUUCAUCCUGCACCGAGACCUCAAACCUCAAAACCUGCUGAUCAGUGAGACUGGUGAACUCAAACUGGCUGAUUUUGGUCUAGCCCGUGCUAAAUCUGUUCCUAGUCACACAUACUCUAAUGAGGUGGUGACUCUGUGGUACCGACCCCCAGAUGUUCUGCUUGGUUCUACUGAAUAUUCCACCUGCCUGGACAUGUGGGGCGUCGGCUGUAUCUUUAUUGAGAUGAUUCAGGGCGUGGCUGCAUUUCCUGGUAUGAAGGAUGUGCAGGACCAACUGGAGAGAAUCUUCCUGGUACUUGGUACUCCAUCUGAAGAAACAUGGCCAGGUGUUCACUCACUUCCUCACUUCAAACCAGAUCGGUUUCCUGUGUAUAGCGCCAAAAAACUUAGACAAGCCUGGAACAAGUUAGGUCAUGUGGAUCAUGCUGAAGAUUUAGCCUCCAGGUUUCUGCAGUGUUUCCCGAAGAAGCGCGUUUCUGCUCACACAGCGCUGCAGCACGAGUUCUUCAACCAGCUAACCUCUAAACUGAGGGAGAUCUCAGACAUGUCCUCCAUCUUUUCUGUGGCGAGUUUGAAGCUGCAGCCCGAGUCGAAUAUCGCCAACAUCAAAACACACAGCAAAGGAGCUACAUGUGGUAAACACUGACAGGUUGCUUUCCCUCUGUGUUCAGUCAGGAUGAAGAAAAGACAUGAGGGAUGCAGAGUCAGCUCUGUUCUUUUAAAUUAUUCCUUAAUAAGAUUGUGUGUGUGUGUGUGUGUGUGUGUGUGUGUAUGUGAGAGAGAGAGUAUGUUGGAUUGUGUGUGUGUGUAAAUAAGGGGAAUGUCACACUUUUAUUAUUCUUUUUAUUUUUUUUUUAUUAGAAAUGUUUACACAUUGUUAAUAGAGAUGACUUCACACACACACACACACACACACACACACACACACACACACACAGAGUUUGUGUGUGCGGCUUUGUGUGUAUGAACAUGUGGGUUAUGAGAAUGUAUGUACAGAGAAACUCAUUUUCCUCAAAAUGCCACAGAACCUUCCUGUUUCCUUCCCAUUUCCUACUGAGGCUCCGCCCCUGACCAUGGCCUUCACCACUGACCACGCCUCUUUUUGUGAUUAGUCAGUGCACAUGCACACAUCCUGUAAACACAUGUGCAAUAACAAUAAUAAUAAUAAUGACGCUGAUGACGCUGCCUGCAGGGACUGAAUUAAAGCAAUGAGAGAACACACAAUGAGAGUACUUCAGAGAUCUGUGUGUGUGUGUGUGUGUGUGUGAGAAACAGGCAAUACACCUAUGUGGUGCUACACUGUGUGGUUAGAUCAUUUUCUUUCAGCCUGCAACACACUUUGACACCAGAACUGACCAAUCACAGCUCAGCUGUGAAGACCAUGAUUGGUCGCUGUGUGUGUGUGUGUGUUUGUGUGUUUAAUCGAGAGCUUCCUGUGUCACAGAGCUGUGUAUAAAGCUGUGUGAAGUGCACACUCCACUUACACACCAGACAGUUAUGUGUGUGACUUCCUUUAAUACAAUACAGUAAAAGCAGCAAUUAAAGGCCCGGCACUGUUACUGCGUGUGUGUGUGUGUGUGUGUGUGUGUGUGUGUUUUACAAUGAAAAUUAACACAGUACAACACACAUACAUACACACACACAACACCCAAACACACACAUAGACACAGUACAAAACGACACACACACACACACACACACAUACACACACAAUCUCACAAAUGCAGUAAAACACAACACACACACAGUACAAUAACGGUCCCCUUCCCCACACAGCCCUCAGUAUGUGUAUUUAUUUGGGAGUGAACAGGAAGCAGGUAGUUGGUCAGUGACACAGCAGUGUUGUGGAUUAAUAAACGUCUCAUCGUUCAGCUUUACUCAGAACACUCAGAACUGCUUCCAGACGCUCGCUCUGCAGGGCAAGACUUCCCGAAGAAAUCAGAGUUAACUGCUAACCGUAAAAAAGCGAACUACUGCAGUGCAGGUUCUAAUGUGGGUUCUAAUGCACCCUUUCCACUUUCCUGUGAUUGUGUCUCCUUAUCAGCUUAACGAAGUGUGCUAGGUGAGGGAUUUUAAGAGCACACUUAUUUACCCAGAAUGCAUUGCAGCACUCAAAUUCAGUUUUAAGUGUUUGUAAUGGGAGCAAUAAAAUCUUUUAUUAUUUCAAUUCUAACAUGAACAUGUAAACACACACACACACACACACAUACAGACACACACAAGACACAUGUUCUUAGAUCGCAUGUCAGGAAAUAACACAUUAUUUGCUUUAUUUUGUUUAUUUAAUGAUCAGAUCUGUGACAUCAUCCCACAUCAUGACAUGAUCUCAAAAGACAUCAUCUCACUUGAGCACUCACAAUCAGCAGGAAAAAAUGACAAAUGAAAUAAACAAACAUCAACAUGAAGGGAAGUCAUCUCUCUCUCUCUCGCUCUCUCUCUCUCACACACACACUGUAAAUAAUAUUUAGUGUGUGUGUGUGAUGUGUCAUGAAUAUCCCCAUGAUAUGGAGUCAUGAAUAUGGAGAUAAAUAUUAUGUACUCAUAAUGCAUUUGCGUAUAACUUUUCUCUUUUUGCACUGAUGCUCAUAAGGGUUUGGCCAUGCUACAAUUCCUUAUAACCUGUUAGAAGUUGUUAUAAAGUGUGUGAUGUCAUUACUGUUAUGUCCUUCUGUAAAGGUUCACUGUUGUUUUAACUGAAAUAAAUAAAGCAUUUCAAUGCAGUAAGAAA